CCGCCCUGCGCGUGCGCGGCCCUCAGGCUCCUGCCGCCGCCGCCGGUUGCCGUCGGUCGCUGCCCGCUCCCGGCCCAUGCCCGCCGCAGCCAUGUCGGAGCGGCUGGGCAAGCCCAGCUGCCUCAUCGUCGCCAGCGCAGCUGCUGCGGGUGUGUCAGCCCAGUCCUUCCUUCACUGCUUCACACUGACCAGCUCUGCUUUUAACCUGCAGGUUGCAACUCCUGGGGGAAAACCAAUUGAUUUUGUGGAUGUGAACGAGAGCAACAUGCGCUGGAUCCAGGACUUCCGCAUGAAAUCCUAUGCCAGCCCUGCCAAGCUGGAGUCCAUUGAUGGUGCCAGAUACCAUGCACUGCUGAUUCCAAACUGCCCUGGGGCUAUGACUGAUCUUGCAAACAGUGGGUACCUGGCAAAGAUCCUGCAGCAUUUCAGCACUGAGAACAAGCCCAUCUGUGCAGUUGGCCAUGGGGUCGCAGCUUUGUGUUGUGCCACCAACGAGGAUAAAUCCUGGGUGUUUCAAGAUUACAGCCUGACAGGGCCCUCAGUGUAUGAGCUUGUAAGGCAGCCUGAUUUUGCCAGUUUGUCCAUUAUUGUGGAAGACUUUGUGAAGGACUCUGGAGCUACCUUCAGUGCCAGCAGUCCUGAUGCUGUGCACGUUGUGCUGGACAGGCACUUGGUGACAGGACAGAAUGAGAAUUCCACUCUUCCUGCUGUCCAGAAUCUUCUCCUCCUUUGCAACAUCAGGUGAAUGUGUUGCAAGCCCUUUCCUGGCUGUGGACUAACAGGUGGUGUCAUGUUUGGAUGUGUUUGGUUCAGCAGGAAAUGAAGGAGCAGGUCUCCUUGCAAAUGGGAUGGAUGAAGACCCAGCAGGCUGAGUAUCUCCUUGGCUGCUACUGGAUCAAUCAUUCCCCUAAAGCUCUCUCCUGGACUGGGAAGAGACUGGCAGUGAAGUGGCAGUGGCAGAUUUUGUGUGUGUGUAGUGGAGAAGGUUGCAAAGGAGAAACAUUUGAAGAGUGCCAGAUUUGAGAAGAAGUUAUGGGACCACUUUACAGUUUUGUUGCUACAGUUUUUUUCUCUCCUCUUUGGAUCCUUAAUUUAUCCAUGUGGGAAUUGUCUUUAAGUUGGUGCUACAAGUUCCUGCUGAAGGCUGAUGUUCUAAUUGUUAGUAACUGCCCCAAAGAGGAUAUGGAACUCUGAAGCAGCUUCUGUUUGAGGUGUUGGUGUUGGAAACCCCACUUAGAACUUCACUGAAAUGCUGUUUGAGAUGCAUCCUCCCCUGACUUUCAGUGGCCCCAAGUGACUGACUGAACUCUGGAUGUGUCUGGGAUGCUUUGGAUGUACCUGGAAUAGGAUGGAAAAUGCUGAGCUCUGAAUAAAGCAGAGCUGGUUGGUUGAAAGCAACCAGUUGGUGAUGCUGUUGGCACAA